GCAGAACUGCACUCAAAGCAUGUCAGGGGUGCUGUGCUUCUGGAGCAAGCACAGUCAGCAUCUGGAACCUGCCCUCAAAAGCAAAGAUACUCCCUCAAACUUGAUGUCAAAGAUGGCAAGAUCUACAAUGAACAGAAUUUCUUCCAGCGAGCUGCGAAGGCAAGCACAGUGCAGAAGUGGAAGAAGUGCCACUCUGUGCCGUUGCUGGGAAUCCCCAAUUGCGUUGGCUUUGGACUGCACACGGAUAGCUACAGGUUUCUGGUGUUCUCUGACCUAGGGCGAACUCUUCAGUCGGUCCUGAAUGAUGGCUUACACCUACUGAGAGAGAAGGCAGCUUUUCAGAUUGUAGUCCGGCUGCUAGACUGCCUGGAGUACAUUCAUGAAAACGAGUAUGUGCAUGGGGACAUCACAGCUGAGAACAUCUAUUUGAACCCCGCAGACCUCACACAGGUGACCCUAGCAGGCUAUUGCUAUGCGUUCCGUUACUGCCCAGGAGGGAAGCAUGUGGCUCAGCGCGAGGGCAGCAGGACCCCCCACGAAGGCACGAUAGAGUUUAUCAGCCUGGACAGCCACAAGGGAGCAGGACCAUCUCGACGGAGUGACCUGGAAUCGUUGGGCUAUUGUCUUCUGAAAUGGCUCUGUGGCUUCUUGCCUUGGUCUGAUGAACUGGACAAAGUAGAAAGAGUGGUGGAGAAGAAGGAAAAACAGUGUGCCUGCUCUGUUGCUUCUCAUGUGACGGUGCUCUGCACUGAUUAUUCCAGGUACAAAGGGGAUGUGAAAUGCCUUCUCCAACUGUGCUUCAGGCAGAGAUCCAUUCCAGAUGCCCUGCAGAGCUACCUGCGGCAAGUACUGGCACUAGAGUAUGAGGAGAAGCCUGACUAUGAGGCCCUGCGGCAACUCUUCAAGAAGGCACUGGAAAAGAUGAAAGCUUCAGCUUAUGACUCUGUGGAUAUCAAAAUGGUGCCCUGAAUCAAGAGAACUUGUACAGGAAAGGAGUUCAAAUCUUUAUGCAGCAUGAGGCCUUUCCUGCAGAUAUUUAACUGUUACCUACUUGUUUUAGAACUGAGAGAGGUUUUUAUAAAUCUUUUAUUCCCAUUUUAAUGUGACCUAAUGCCAACUUUUGAGCUGCUGCUGUAACAAGUGAAUGUGAAGACACUCCUGCAUGGGAAGUCAUAUGCAGUAGCUGAAGACCUGCACUGUAGCCAGCAGGAGAGGGGUGAAGGCUGGAACAGGAAAACUAUAUCAGGGAUUUUUUGUUUUUAACUACACUGGUAUGACAUAGUUUUGUAAUAAACUUUGUGGACAACCACCCAGAGCUGCUCUGUUAGUUA